AUGGAGAAGCAGGACGAGGUGGAGAAGCAACCCAAUGUGGUGACGCCGGGCAAAGGGGAUAGAACGGUCGAUAGGAAGAAGUCACGGCGACCGCGUGGAAGAGUGCUGGACAAAUUUGAGGAGCUGAUCAAACUGGAGAACAUACACGAAAUGAAGGAACUAGAAAUGUGUUACGAGCAUCUCACCAAAGAAGAGCUCAUCGAAAAGGGAAUUCUACUAAACGAUCUGACUAUUAAAACAGCAACGAAAUAUAAUGACAACCAAAAUGCAUACAUUAUUAAGCUAGUUAAAAGGAGAAAAAAAAUAAAGUCCAAUGACUUAAGCGAUGAGGAGAAUAUAGAAAACUUCAACAACAAUAUGUUUAGUAAGGGGAGUAUUGUACAUUUCUCGAGGAAGAGGAAAAGAUAUUGUCUGGAUAAGGAGCACACCGUUGUAAAUAAGAAUUCUGUUAUAAAGGAUUCUGUGAAUAUAUACGUGUGCACUGUCCAUAAAGUGAAAAAAAAUCAAAUAAACCUUAUCGUUAGAUAUGCAGACGAGUUGUGUAAAGAGCUAAACGUUAGUGGCACCUACCUGCUGGUCGAUAAAAGCUACUUUGAUGUGUGUCUGGUCAAUAGUGAAAUUUCUAUGCAGCGUCAAUUGCAGGCCAUUAAUUUGAUGAAGGGAAGUUUGGAAACUCCCUCCGAUGUGGUGAAGAUCCUCUUUUUUGGGAAGAUUCCCUCGCAGGAUGCGUUUCUGCGGCGGGUUCUGGACAUCUUCCGCAGGAAAGCGCAGGCGGGGAAGGAGCUAGAAAUUGGGGAAUCACCCCAAUCGGGGGAGUCACCAAAAGUGGAAGAAGCCCCCGAUAUUAGUGAUAAUGCAAAUGGGGAUUCCCCCGUUGGCUACCCCUCUGAGGAGGACCUCGCCAACGAAGCGAACUACAUCCACCAAUGCGAUAAAACAGAGUGGGGAAACAAAAACCUAAACGACAGUCAAAAGAAGGCCGUGUACUUCUGCCUAUACUCGAAGGACAUUUUCUGUGUCCACGGACCACCAGGGACAGGAAAAACAACAGUGCUCUGCGAAGUGAUCUACCAGUUAGUCAAAAGGAAUAAAAAAAUUCUCGUGACUGGACCAAGUAAUGUCUCCGUCGAUAACAUAUUGGCAAAAUGUGUAAACAUGAAUGUGAAGAAUGUAGUUCGCAUUGGAAUAAAGUCAAAAAUAAGAAAGGACUUGUGGAGUUAUAGUUAUGAUGAAAAAAUAAAAAGCUGCGAUUCGUAUAAGUUGUGUGAAGACAUUGAUAAGGACAUAGAAAAAAUGAAGACAGAAAUCAACAAACUGAAGAAUAAAAAAAAAAGUGAAAGGACUCCCUUCGAUAGAAAAGGAAUAGCUAAUUUGAAAUACGAAAUUAGGAUGCUAAACAAAAGUCGAAAAAAAAAAAAAAAUAUUUUUUUUACAGAAAUUAUGAACAAAAAUAACGUCAUUUUUUCUACCUGCUCAAGUAGCUCAAAUUAUGAGUUAAAUAAAUAUGUGAAAAAUACGAAUUUUCUUUUCGAUGUUGUUUGUGUUGAUGAGUGUUGUCAGUGCACGGAGCCUCUCUGCUACAUGCCUCUAUUACUAUCGAAGAAAAAUGUUUUCCUUUUCGGGGACCACAAACAAUUGGCCCCCUUGGUGAAGCACAACAGUAAGGGCAACAAAUUAAACGUCACUCUUUUCGAGAGACUUAUUAAAAAAUAUAAAAGGAGAAUUUCCUACUUCCUUAAAAUUCAGUACCGAAUGAAUGACCUAAUUUUGAAAUGGUCCAACAAGGUUUUUUAUGAGGAUCGACUCGUUUCGCACGACUCCUGCAAGGCCAUCACGGUGGAGGAGCUGCUCCUACCCACUCCAGGGGGUAGGCAUACUACCCAAUCGGUGAAACAAACGAGUGAACGUAAAAAAGACGCCAAGGAUAAACAAAAAAAAAUGGGGAAAAAGAAAAAGAAGGGGAAAGAAAAAGAGGAGGAAGAAGAGGAAGAACAUGAAAACGCCCAGGUGAGCACAAAUUUGAGGGACAUGAUUCAGAGCUACAGCUAUUGCCCAAUCACUUGGAUCGAGACAGAUGGGUUCGAUGAAUUUCUCGAUGAUACCAAGGAGCUGGACAUGAUACAGCUGGAGAUGAAGGAGAAGAAGGGUGAUAAUAUGCCCAGCAAAGCGGCGUCAGCACAUUUGUCAGGGGGGGACCUUGGUGACAGCGAAUGGAGGGAACAAAAACGAGCCGAUAAUGAAGAUGCCCGAGAAGAGGCGUUAAACGGCCUUGGUAUAUAUGAGGACGAUUUGGAAGAAGCAAACCAAAGUGGGGACAGCGCUGCAGGGGAGGAAGAUGCCGUUGAAGAUAGUGAGUCCUGCUCCGAACGGAGUUCCCAUGCGGAGGAGGAGGUAGCCACUAAGUCAGAGCAGGAGAAGGCACUACAAGACGCCGUCCAAAUUGAUAUUGACGACAUAGUAAACCUGAACAACAAGUCCAGAAGCAACAGAGGAGAGGCCUACGUGGUGUAUAAGCUAAUCGAGCGGAUGCUGCAUGCAGACCAGAUCAGUGCCAAGCAUAUUUGCGUGAUCACUCCAUAUUCGAAGCAAAUGAAUUUGCUGAAAAAUAUUCUUUACGAUAAUUUAUACGAUGAGAAGAAUUUCACCUCAUUUUAUAAAGACAUCGAAAUAGCGACUGUUGAUUCUUUCCAAGGGAGGGAAAAAGAGAUCGUCAUUUUAUCUCUUGUGUGUUCCAAUUAUUUUAAGAACAUUGGUUUUUUGAAAGAUUAUCGACGGUUAAAUGUGGCUAUUACUAGGGCCAAGCGGCACGUCGUUAUAGUGGGGAAUUCCAGCACCAUAUCGAACGAUAAGCUGUUGAAUGAGCUGUAUGAGACGGUCCUCAACCAUGGGAAGGUAUACAUGGUGAACGAGUUGGUGGACGUGGAGCAGAUACCCGUAGGGGGGUAG